CAAGCUUCCUGGACCAUGGGAAAUCAAACAUUGCUGGAUGAAUUUGUUCUAUUGGGAAUACCUCAGACACAAGGACUGGAGACUCUACUCUUUGUUGUGUUCUUAUUCAUCUAUUUCUUCACCUUGCUUGGAAAUUUACUCAUUUUUACAGCAAUUGUUUCUUCAUCUACCCUUCACACUCCCAUGUAUUUCUUCUUGGGACUUCUAUCCAUUUUUGACAUGCUAUUCCCAUCAGUAACCUGUCCCAAGAUGCUACUUUAUCUCUCUGGUCAGAGUCCAGUCAUCUCUUACAAAGGCUGUGUUGCCCAGCUCUUCUUCUAUCACUUUCUGGGUUGUACUGAAGGUUGCCUCUAUUCUGUGAUGGCUUAUGAUCGCUAUGUUGCCAUCUGUCACCCACUGAGAUACAUGCUCAUCAUGAAACCUGCAGUGUGCCUGAGUUUGGUCACAGUAUCCUGGUUGGUUGGUGGUCUUCAGUCCAGCAUUCUGACAUCCUUUACUUUUCAAUUAACUUACUGUGGGCCCAAUCAUGUCCAUCAUUACUUCUGUGACAUUCCUGCAGUUUUGCCUUUGGCUUGCACAGAUAACAGACUGGCUCAGAAGGUGGGUUCCAUUAAUGUUGGCUUUCUGGCUCUGAUGCUUCUCUUCAGUGUGUGUGUCUCUUAUGCACACAUUGGGAUUGCUAUUCUGAGAAUCCGUUCAGCAGAGGGCAGGCAGAAAGCAUUCUCCACAUGCAGUGCCCACCUCACUGCCAUCCUCUGUGCCUAUGGACCUGUCAUCAUCAUCUACCUGCAGCGCACACCAAACCCCUUGCUUGGUGCUGUGGUUCAAAUAUUAAAUAAUAUCGUCUCACCCAUGCUGAACUCUUUAAUCUAUUCACUGAGGAACAAGGAAGUGAAGAGGUCUUUAAGAAGGGUGUUUCACAGUUUAGCUUAG